UAAGUAAUAGGAUCUCGAUAGAAACCCUUAGUAUUUAAACCUUUGCUUACCAGAUUGUAUCGCCUCCUCUGAACGCGAAGCUCUGAAAGCCGGAAGCUGUUAACGGUAAACCUUCUAGAGCUCUUCGUCGUUGUCAACUGAAUCUGCAAAGAUGUUCUCUGCUCAGAACAAGAUCCACAAGGAUAAGGGUGUGGCACCAACCGAGUUUGAGGAGCGAGUCGCUCAGGCUUUCUUUGAUUUGGAAAACACCAACCAGGAGCUGAAAAGUGACUUGAAAGAUCUCUACAUCAACCAAGCUGUUUCAAUGGAUAUUGCUGGCAACCGCAAGGCUGUUGUGAUCUACGUUCCGUUCAGAUUGAGGAAAGCCUUCCGCAAGAUUCAUUCCCGUCUUGUCAGAGAGCUUGAGAAGAAGUUCAGCGGUAACGACGUUAUCUUUGUUGCCACCAGAAGAAUCAUGCGUCCCCCUAAGAAAGGCUCUGCUGUUCAGAGACCGCGCAACAGGACUCUCACUUCCGUCCAUGAAGCCAUGCUUGAGGAUGUCGCUUACCCUGCUGAGAUUGUUGGAAAGCGUACCAGAUACCGUGUUGAUGGCACCAAGAUCAUGAAGGUGUAUUUGGAGCCUAAGGAGAGGAACAACACUGAGUACAAGCUUGAGACUAUGGUUGGUGUGUACAGGAAACUUACAGGGAAAGAUGUAGUUUUCGAGUACCCAGUCGCUGAUCCUUAAAGGAGAUAAAAUGCUUGUUUACUUCUUCUUUUUUUUUGUCGGAUAGUUUUGGUUCUGUGUUGGAAAGAUUUUCUUGUUUAAGUUGCUUCACACUCUUCCUCAAUUUUCUGUUCAAUAAGACCUUUCUUCUAUA